AUGGUACUCAUGAAGGGUAAACUGAAUUCUAAAUUGUAUCAUCUUCAAGCCAGUAUAGUUGAAGGCGAAGUUGUUGUAGCUUCUAGGAAAAGUGAUAAGAAUCAGUCUCAGUUGUGGCACUUGCGACUUAGUCAUAUGAGUGACAAGGGAUUAAUAGUCUUUGUUGAGCAAUCAGAAUUUACUGGAUGGACAAGGGUAAAGUUCAGCAAGAAGGCUGAGCACAAAACCAGAUACGAGUUAAAUUAUAUACAUUCAGACUUGUGA